GCCGAUCUUCUGCGUCGCAGACAGGCGGUGAACAUCAUCCCGGCGCAGAUCUUCCAGCCUCUCUACAGACAGGAGGAGCUGCGACGAGCAGCAGCGGGAGCUUGAGAUCGCCUUUCAGGACGUGUACACAGAGGAGCGCAAGGUCAAAGGUGACUUAAUGCUGCAGCUGGUACCCGAACCUCUUCCCUCUUUGUCUGCUGCUAGUCAUGAUGAGGAGCUGGAUGUGACCCUUGACCCUGAAUGUGCACCUGAAGGAGAAGAGCCUGAGACACCAGUCACUGAAACUCCAGCUUCUCCUCCGGCUGACCCGGGCAGACGGGCUCUGACCAGACUGCUGGAGCGCAUCAGGAGGCAGAGAGAUCAGAGGACCCGUCAGCAGAUCGCUGACACGCCAGUGACGUCACAUGACGGAGAUGCUGAGGAGCAAGCCUUGAGUGUUGAAACAGGAUCUUUAAGCAGCCAGGAAAAAGCAUCAGGAGGCAGUUCAGAGGAGCAGACACCCAGCACAACGCACACUGAGGAGGCUCCUGAUGUAAGUGAUGAAGCUGUUGUGGCUGGAACGCUGCUGCCACUGGAGGAACGAGUCCAUCUGAUGCCAGAGAGUGAGAGGAGGGCACACGUGGACCAGCCGACCCAUGUGGAGGCACUUUUGAGACAGCAGCAGGAGCAGCUGGCUUUGCUGGAGGAGCUGGAAGAGAAACGGCGUGAGCUCGAGCAGCGCUUGAGAGACACUCAACAGACCAGCAGGACACUGCAGGAAGCUGCUCAGAGGCAUGCUGGGAUUGAAGAGAGCACAGCACUUCCUGAACUGCCUGCAGAGGUUCGUCCGGAUGUCGCGCACACGCAGAGACUCCAUCAGUACCAGCAGAGGCUCCUGGAGCAGAACAGGCUUCAUAAGAAGUGUGUAGAGGAAGCUCGUCGACGGCUGGAGGAGUAUCAGCAUACUCUGAAAUUACGAUACGCCAUGGGCAGCACAUCAGCAGCACCACAGCAGACUUCUUUUCCUCCAGAGGCACAAUUUGAUGACCGCUCUGCACCUCCUCUCCAUCUCAUCCCGGAUCCUAAUGUCCUCCAUCCAGAAAAAGCACCUGUUAGUCAGUUUCCAUCUCGCCCUGCUCCAUCUCAGCAGCCUUGCGUCAGCCUGCCGAACCCCUCUGGAUCUGAUUCCAGCUGCCUAUCAGUUCUCUCAGAAAGGUCACCGCAGGAUGGACAGGAAGAUGGUGUUUCUGAGCAGGACCGGCUCCCUCUUCCUCCCCCUUCUGUGGUUCUGGAGCUCCUGCGCAGUCGGCAGCAUCGUGCAAUGCCACGACCCGCUGAGGUCAGUGGGUCAGUGAUGGUGCCUUCCUUCGGUUCUGCCGGUCCAGUGCGGCCCAUGACGCUGCUUCAGAACCAGGCACAGCAGGAGCAGCCACCUGUGGAGGUGGACAGACAGGAGAUAAGAAGACAGCGAGACAUCCUGCAGGCUCUGAUCACAGCAGACCGACAGGGUUUAGGGUUGAGCUCUAGCGAUGUUCAGACACACCGGAUGACUUUGAACUCUCUGCUAAAUGCCAAUGAGGAAGGUAACAGCCAGACCGAACUCUCGACAGCACCCGGCCAGCGGGACAGAGUCGCUAUCGCCACAGCAGUCUUCGCAGAUGACUGUGUACAUGAUCCAGCCCCAGUGCAUCGUGGGAGAGUGAGGCCACCCGUGUCUCGUCCACCCGCCCGUUUGGCCUUCUUACGGCAGAUGGAGCAGCAUGAACUCAGUGCUAUACAGGAAGUGGACACUCCAGUCAACAUCAGUCUGGAUACAGAGCUCCAGUCUGUUGAUGUGAGUGAAUCCAGCAGUGUGUCUCUCCCCGCCGUCUCCUCUGAAGACACUCACAGCGUGAGUCAGGGGUCGCAGGUCACGGGCAGAAUCAGCCGCAUGUCCUGGAGAGAAACGCUCCUGCGUGACGCUACAUCCUCAGCGAGUCUAUCCAGCAUGAAUCACAAGCAAGAGUGCGUUGGAGCUGUUGACCCAGACUAUCUCUCGUCCACUACGAUCUCAACAGGAAGCUAUUCCACUAGUGACCAUGAGCCCAGUUAUGCUGUUUCAGAUGCAUCUCAUCUCUGCAUAGAGCCUGAUCACCCAUCACCCAGAUCCAGUUCCGGUCACACGCCUGCUGACCAGGAACAGGAAGUAAGAGACUCUGUGCAGCAGAUCAUAGAAAAAUACAGCAAGGAGCUGAACGCUUCACUGAGACACGCAGGAGUGACAUCAGGUGCGGUGAACACUAGCUCACAGUCUCAGUCCUGGUCCAGUGUGCUUCAGGAGGAGUGUUCGCUACAUGAUGGAGACUCUCUGAGUUCAGCUGCAGCUCUGUCCAGCACCCAGCUCUCAGGUGUUUUCCAGCCGCUACAGCCCCGUCCAGACAUCGACUCCUCGUCUUCAUCUUCAUCAUCUAGAAAUGCAGUGCGAGAUGAUCAGAGCCCUAGAGCACAGGGCUGGAGCGAGACUGUAAACCGGAUCCUUGAACGCCUGUCCGAUCAGUUAUCCAUCAGACAAAGCGAGCAGGGUCACGGCGCCACGCCUGCUGAAUCGCUUCGUCUGUCGUCCUCAGUGAGUCACGAUGAAGACAGACACCUGAACAAGUCACUGCCGCCCUCUCCCAUCGUGAGGCAGAGCUGGGCCGGUCCCGUCUCAAACUCGCAGCCAGAUGAAAGCACAUAUUCGAGUGCUGAAGAUCAGUCAGCAUCUGAUCAGUUUGAUGGCUGUGAGUCUGUUUUGAGCCGAGUGAUUGGGAAAGCGUCAGAUAUCGGUUCGUCUCAGGUGUUUGAUCAGAGCAGUGUCCUCGUCGAUGGGCCGGAGGAAGUGACUCAGAGCACAGCUGCAGAAGUGCUGCGCUUCAGUCCGGUCAGAUCCUCACUCCAGCCGUCUACAUCACAGAUGAUGACGCAUGAUGUUCUGACUGACGUGCCACACGAUGAUGCAUCAGAUUUGUUUCUUCCUCUGCCCUCUGAUGUCACCACCAAUGAGACGGCAGACUGUUCGACGGCUCUUUACGUCCCGCUGGAAGCAGAACCGUUUGGCUUGAAUGUGGCCGAUGCCUCUGACUGGCUGGAGCCGACAGAUCAGUCCCUUCCGUCCCUGCAGCAUCUCAGAGCCGACACGCUGCUCCAGUCCCAGUCAGAGCUACAGAUAUCCAUGGAUACGCUCUCUCUUACCCACGAGUCCCUCUGUGAAACUGACACUGUGGCUCCUCCCACUGCUGCAGAUGUGAGCCUCAUGCCAUGCUCCCCUUUCAAGGAAGACUGCCUUGACCUCGUACCCCAGCUGCUCUCACAGGAAGUGAGCUCACACCCAGAGCCGGUCAACGCUGAGUCACAGCAGUCAGCUGGAGGAGGAAACACACUGAGCGAGCUCAUAGAACGAGCACAGGCGGCGGGUGACGUGAAGGGCAUUCUGGAGGAGUCCACCAUCUCCUUCAUCAGUCUUCCAGAGUCGACACUACAGGAUCCUGAGCUCACCCUCAUGCAGUCUUCAGACACAGGAAGUGCUGCACAGGAAGUGGAAUUUGAGGGCUGUGAGGGCCAAUCACAGUGCCGUACAGACGACAGCCAAUCAGAGCGGCCUGAGGCGUCACUCGCUCACGCUGUGAUGCUGCUGGAGUUUCAGAGCUCAUCUGCUCAGCAGCAGCGCCUGCGGGAUCGUCUUGCACAGAGAUCAGCGCACAGAGCUGCCCAGAUCAGAGCCAGACACGCAGAGUCUGGAAAAGCCACACCGCUCCAGAAAAUGUCCAGAGACACAGGACGCACAGGUUCCAAAACACACACAGCGAACAGACUGAAGAGCGUGACCGAGGUGCGGAUCUGCACUGAUGAACACAGACGCUGUGAAGAGACUGAGAUGUACCGCCGCACACAGAGAUUGUACAAUCAGUUAGAAGAGGUCAAACAGAAGAAGGAGCUGCGGAGCCGUCAGGAAUCGUACGCUAAGAACCGGGAGAAGGCCAGAGACUUCCAGAGGAAGACGCUGGAGAAACUGAGGGCCAAACUGAACCGCUGAUGUUCUGACGGAGGUUCAUUGCUGCUGUUUUAGUUUUAGAUUUUAAAGUGUCAAGCUCUUUUAUUUGUAUGUCUGUAUGUUGUGUAUUUUAAGUAAAAUGUUAUUUUAAUUUAA